CAAUGGUGGUCCGCAUGCUUGGUGAAGCCAUUGGACGAAAGACUGGGCUGAGUGUGUCCCAUCUUCUCGAGUUGCCUGAUCGCAACCUAUAUAGUUUUCCUGCAGCGUUUCAAAGGGAGUCUGAUAUGGUUUGAGCAUAUUUGCACGAAUAUACAAGUAGAUCCCGUACUACGGACUUGCUCUGAAUACGCAAGGAUUGUCCAAUAGAAACCCGCUUCUAAUGACGGUAUAUUAUUUGUUAUGCUUUUAUUAGAUGGUAAUAUGACAGACCAGAACAUAUGCGUGGGAUUGAGCACAUUUUAUAACUCAACUGCGCCGAGUCACACCGUCCGUUAGCAUUGACACGAUCAGAGCCGGCCAGGUCAAGAUGGGCAUAUAUAACAAGCAGCGGACAUGAAACGCAAGUAUAAACCAACAUUUUUCGUGACGAGAUGGACCGUGACCAUGGCACUAUGAACAUAACCAUGGAAAUGAAGCAUCCCGACCACGGCCAUAGCAUGGCAAUGCCCGCCAUUUUCACUACCGGAACGCAUAUCACGCUGUUCUUCAACAGCUGGAGAACCUCGUCGCUGAUCUCAUACCUCCUUGCACUAUUCCUUCUCUUUGUAUUGGCUUUGUUCAAUCGCUUCCUUGGGGUCCUGAAAUUUCAACUCGAUGCCAGAAUCGAGACACCUCUUGUCCCCAAUGUCCCCAUAAUAGCGCCCCCACCCGCAUCGAGACGGUAUCCUUUCAUCCCCAAGGACCACGCGAGUCCUCUCCCGCACUAUGUGAAGGGUCACAACGCCCACGACGGCAACCACUUCCAACCGGAAUCCUUCUCGCACGCGCACUCCGAGCAAUGGAACGAGUUUAUCUCGGGUCGAUCCACAAACCCACAAGCAUUAACUGCACGAUUUCUCCGUGCACUCUCUGGUACAUGGACAACGAGAGAGCCUUGGAACUGGCGACGGAGGAGUCUCCGUUCAUUGCUGGAGGGAGCGCGCGCAUUGAUCGGUUAUAUCAUGUUAGCUGUUAUGACUUUCAACAUUGGGGUGUUUUGUGCGGUAAUCGGCGGGAUUAUUGUCGGCGAGUUGGUUCUGGGUCAGUAUGCGCAGUCGGGUUGGCAGGAUGGAGCAUGCCAUGAUGGUUAGCGCGUUGGACAAUGGGUUUCUGAAAUGUGUCAACGAAUGAACGGUGUAUAUUUCUGCUCGUGUGUUUCAUAUUUUAUAUCCUCCAUCAAGUAAAUUUGGCUAUAUUUUAUUGUAAACAGAAAACCAGUACAUACGACCAUAGGGUGUGGAGAACAGGGCUUCCCGUCUGCUCAGCCGUACUUAAGCCACACGCCGGCCGGUUAGUAGUUGG